AUGUGCAUUCUCGUCUUCGUCCUUAUUACUUCUGUACUUGGUGCACAGUUGACGGAUGUCUUUCAAUCUCUAGAAAUCAUCAACAAUUCAGGGCUGAAUCGUGCUCAGGAUAUUCGUACUGCCAAACUUACAUGGAAAAUCGAAGCUGGUGAUGCAGUUGAAGGUGACGAAUUCAGCUUGGAGAUGCCAAAUGUGUUCAGAACAAAGUUUCCAGGAGACCAGUUGUAUCUUGUUGCUGACUAUUCAAUCUAUGCUCUGUGUGUUGCUGUUGAUGGUUCUUAUCUUGCACAAAAUUCUUACUUGAAUUGCACGACCACUAGUUCUGUUGUCGAGUCUGAUUUCAAGGCUACGGGAACUCUCUCGUUUGAUUUUGUGUUUAAUGCUGGAGGCUCUGGAAGUGAGAUAGAUACCACUGCUGCUAGCAUAUUGGUCCCUGGAGAAAAUAAAAUAAAUUGGAGUGGUUUGCAAACUACUGUUAAUAUCGAUGCUGGUCCCUUUUUUGCUCCUGUUAGCAAUGAUAAAGAACUUGUGUAUUUCUCUCGUUCGACUCCUCAGAUGUACGAACAGAUAUUCAUGCUUGCCGGAGAAUGUAAUGGUGGUAUUGUCUCUGGGAGUAUUGGUAUGACCACCAACGAUAGUCUAGAUUGUACUCAGUUUGCGUUGAAAGCAACAAACAACUUAAAUUCCUUCCUUUUGCCGGAAACUGCCAUCAAUGUCCAAAACACCAUAACUUGCAAAGAACAAAGUAUCACCUUCAAAUUUAAUUCGGUUGCCAAUAACUACCGAGUCUUUCUCCAAGGUCUUGAGAAGUUUCCAACUAACUCUGAUGCUAUUAGACAUAUAUUUGCCUACAGUAUUCAAUGUGGAGACGGUACAAAAAUUACAAAGCUGAGUGGCCAGGAUUUCGUAGUUAUUGACGGCUAUGAAGACAGUUCUGGAUCGGUAGAAUAUUCAACAGUUUACACUACUACUACCUGGACAGAGACAUAUUUAACAACGGUUACCAUCCCUUGUACUGAUGAACUGGCUACUGCCACCGUGAUUGUCAAGGUUCCGACAUCUUGCUCUUCAGAUUUAGAGCUGUCUACUCACUGUCCAGGUUGUGAGUCUGAAUCAUCAAGUUCUGUAAGUUGUGAUGAACCUGAAAUUUCAUCAGAUACUUCCAGUCUGUUAUCUACUAUUUAUUGCGAUGAAUCCUCUUCUAGCUCAGAUACAUCCUCUCUUAUUGAAAGCAGCUCCGAUAUAUACUCUUCCAGUUUGGCUGAUACCUCUGUUUACACAAGUUCUGAAUCCUCAACUACUGAAGAAUGCCCCGAGACCUCCUCUCUUUCUUCUACUGAAUCUUCUUCGUCUGAAGUAUCUUCAACAACUGAGGAAUGUACUGAAACACUGUCUUCGAGUAUUGCUGAUUCAUCAAUCUAUACGAGCUCAGAAUCUUCAAUUCUUUCUUCGCAUGAUGAACUGUCCUCUACAAUUGAGACUACUGAUUCUAUUUCUUCAGUUGAAUCAUCUUCCUCUAUUCAGGAAACUUCGGAAUUGACAUCUUCAAAGGAAUCUUCUUCAUCUGUUGAAUCGACAUCUUCAGUCGAAUUGUCCUCCUCCGUUCAGGCCACAUCUUCGAAGGAAUUAUCUUCUUCAGUUGAAACGACAUCUUCAGUAUUUACUUCUACCGAGUCAUUGUCUUCUGAUGAUACGUCAUCUUCUAUCGAAACAACUUCAACUGUGAGUUCAUCCUCCUCAGAAAUUACUAGCCCCUGUCUUCAAUGCACCAGUUCUAUUUCCAGUUCUAGUUCCGUUGAUGUUCCUAGUCCGUGGACAAGUAGUCUGGAAACUGAGUCUUCUUCCUCAUCAACCACUACCAGUUACACCACAAUCCCUUCCUCUAGCAUUGAAGGUGCGCUGUCCUCUCCUUUUGUUUCUAGUGGAUUGACGAGCUCUGAAUCUACGCUGGUUCUGUCCAACACUCCUCCCGAAUACACUAUCACAAUUACCAACCGUGGAACUACAAUUAUAACCAUUGCAACUUGUCCUGGGGGGUGUACAAGGACAACGACGGUAUUCCCCAGUGAGACCACUACUACUCUGAUUGCAACUAGUACAGAAACAUAUUGCCCGGAUAGUCUGACAGAAAUUGACAAGAGUUCAAGUGUUUUGAAUACAUCUAUAACUUCUACGACAGCUGAAACUACCGAAGAAACCAGCAAAGAGUCUACUUCAGAGACAUCCACCAACGACAGUACCAUCACCAGCAAGACUACAACCACAUUGAUCAACACCAGUACAGAAACAUACUGUCCAGAAAGUCUGACGGAAACUGACAAGAGUUCAAAUGUUCUCGACACAUCUAUAACUUCCACUACUUCUACUAGUAGCAGUACGAAGGAAACCACAGACUCUACCAAAGAUAGUACAAAGGCAACUACGACAACUUCCACUAUCAGUCUAUCUACGUCUGAAAGCACCUCCUCCAGCAAUACUGGCACUUUGAGCACUUUUUCAAUCAGUACUUCUACUGGAAAUAUCUCAUCCUCUAUUAGCUAUACGGAGAUUGUUAGUAGUCCUACGGAAAUAACUUCUGUCACUACUGAUUGUACUACUAAUUACAUUUCCACGACUAUUACUUGCUCCUCGUGUGAAUCUAAUAUUGAGUCAACCUCAGAUAAGGUUUCCAAGCCUCCAGGGGGAACAAAUUACGAUACGACUAAUUUUGCACCCACUGCGCCCGCGCCAAGAUCCAGUGAAACUGGCCAAUUUCCCCUGCUGUCUGAUAAGGCCAGCCAAGAAGAGCCAAUUCCACUGUCGUCCGGAACGGCUGUCUGUGAAGGUGAUUGCGAUUUGACUAGCCGUGUGGAAUAUGACAAAUUGACCCCGACUCAAUCCACGACUCAGACCACGACUCACACAACCACCCAGACAACCACUCAGUCUACCACUCAAUCCACUCAAUCUACGUCCGGGACCAUUCCUGUGUCUGCGUCUGCGCAAAGUCUGUCUGCGCAGUCUUCAAAAGUUGCUGACUCUUCGACUUUCCACUUUAGUCUGUUCUCCACCCUGUCUGUGCUACCUUCAGGAUUACCCAUUCCCGUCGCGUUCGACUCGGCUGCUGCUCGUCCCGUGAUCAGCCUUGUUGCUCUCAUGAUGUCGCUUCUCUUCUUGUAA